AUGCGGUUCAAGAUAUCAUUCCACUUCGGAGGCGGCCGAUGGCGGUGCGGCACGGACCGUGGUGCGAACGACGACGACGAGCGGCUCGCAGCGCAGGCGCCGAAAGCGCCAGUCGUCGAAGGCGGCACGGACUUCGUUGCCAACCUCGAUGGCGACAAGCGCGGGCUCGUGAACGAGCUCCACCGGCGGCUGGGCGCCUCGGGGGCGGCGUCGCGGCUCAAGGAGCACGGCGAGAGCGUCGAGGCUGCCACGGCGUUCCGGUGGCUGGACGCGCGCGACUGGGACAUCGAGCGCGCGGAGAAAUGCCUCCAGGAGCACGCGGCGUGGCGCGAGACCACGGCCCGGGAGUGGAAGGGCCGGGGCGCGGAGGCCGCGGAGGCGAUGCGCGCCAUGAACGCAUCGAUGCUAGGGGUGGGGCUUGACGACGGGCAGGCCGUGGUGGCCCUGAACGCCCGCCCGGAGCCCGGGCACGCCAAGCCUGCUCCCGCGACCGUCGAGCGGUGCAUCUGCAUGGCGAUGGAGGCCGGGAUGGCGGCCGCUGACGUCCGUUACAACCCCACGCGCAAGGUCGCGGUGCUGUUGGACCUGACCGGGGUGCGGAUGGGCGAUCUCGACGUCGCCACGCUCCGCGGGAUCAUGUCCGUGCUGCAGUCGCACUUCCCCGAGGCGCUAGCGCGGCUCUGGUUCGUGAACGCGCCGUUUGUGUUCUCUGGCAUCUGGCGCGCGGUGUGUCCCUUCGUGGCGCAGCGCACGCGCAACAAGAUCGCGUUCUGCAACAACGCGCGCAUCUCCGCGGACCUCACCGACCGCCUCGGCGCCGACGGCCUCCCGGCGGCCUACGGCGGCGUCGUGGCCGCGCAGCACAUCUCGCCCGCUGGCGUCGAGCCGCCGAGGUCGACGCGGGCGUCGCGGACGUCGCGGACGUCGCGGCGGCUCUCGCACGCAGGCCCGCCCGCGCAGCGGCCGGCGGAGCCGCGCAACUGGUGGUCGUGGCUGCCGUGGGGCGACGCAGGUCCGCAAGAGGUCUCACGCAACAGCGUCGUCGCGGACACCCCGCGGGAGGCAACGCGCGGCGCAGGGGACGUCGGGGCGCCGGGGCCGGAGGAAGCGCCGGAGCGGAGGAGGUUCCGGCCGCUGCGGACCCUGGUGGACGUGACGACGCUUGCGGCGGUGUUUAAGGCGGUGACGAUGCGGCCGCUGUACCUGGCGGCGGCGGCGGCGUGGGCGCCGGUGUGGUGGGCGUGGCGGCGGCGGCCGGGCCGCGCGCGAGCGGCGCCGGUGAUGCGGCAGCUGAGCGCGGAGCGCACCGCGAGGCGGCGGCGCGGGUCGGCGCAGCGCAGCGCCCGCGCGUGCCGCGCCCGCGGAAGUCGAAGGGCGGGUGGGCUCGGCGGAGCCGCGCGGAGGACGCGCAGGCGUUCCGGCCGGACCCGUUCGCGCGUGACGGGGCGCAGCGGCGACGACGCGGAAAGCAUUCGCGCCUGCCGUCCUCGGAGGGCCCGCUCUUCCUGA